ACGGGAAGGCGACGCAUCCGUACGGAGCUGGCAUCGGUGGGAAUAUUUUACAUUCGUUUACAAGGAUCCAGCUCGAACAAGAUGGAUGAAAUGGAAGAGGAGUUAAAAUGCCCGGUGUGUGGCUCGUUUUUCCGUGAGCCCAUCAUUCUACCCUGCUCGCAUAAUAUCUGCCUGGCCUGCGCCCGUAACAUCCUGGUGCAAACGCCCGACGCCGAAUCCCCUCAGAGCAGCCGCGCGUCCGGCUCCGGCGUGUCCGAUUAUGAUUACUUAGACCUGGAUAAGAUGAGCCUGUACAGCGAGGCGGACAGUGGCUACGGGUCUUACGGCGGUAUCGUGAGCGCCCCGACCACCCCGUGCCAGAAAUCCCCCAACGGGGUGCGCGUUUUCCCCCCUGCUGUUCCUCCCAAGCACCAAGCGCAGCACCAUCUGCUGCCCCAUACCGGCGUCCUGCCGCCGGUCCCUCGCAAUUCCUGCCUCACCUGCCCGCAGUGCCACCGCAGCCUGACGCUCGACGACCGGGGGCUCCGGGGCUUCCCCAAGAACCGCGUGCUGGAGGAGGUAGUGGACCGGUACCAGCAGAGCAAAGCGGCAGCGCUCAAGUGUCAACUGUGCGAGAAGAACCCCCGCGAGGCGACGAUGAUGUGCGAGCAGUGCGACGUGUUCUACUGCGACCCGUGCCGCCUCCGGUGCCACCCGCCACGGGGUCCGCUGGCCAAGCACCGGCUCGUGCCGCCGGCGCAGGGCAGGAUCAGCCGCCGCGCAAGCCCUCGGAAGAUCUCCACCUGCACCGAACACGAGCUGGAGAACUUGAGUAUGUACUGCGUGCAGUGCAAGACCCCCGUGUGCUACCAGUGUCUGGAGGAAGGCAAACACUCCACGCAUGAAGUCAAAGCACUAGGAGCGAUGUGGAAAUUCCACAAGAUCACAAAUGAAAGUGGAGGUCUCUUGGUGGAUGGUUGUCAUAGCAAUGGCCAGCUCUCUCAAGCACUGAAUGUUCUGUCUGAUCGGGCCACAGAGGCCAAAGAGUUUCUUGUACUGCUCAGAAAUAUGGUACAACACAUACAGGAGAAUGGAGUUGAGUUUGAAGCAUGUUUGGUUGCCCAAUGUGAUGCCCUGAUUGAAGCUCUCAACCGCAGGAAAGCUCAGCUGCUCAGCAGAGUAACCAAAGAGCACGAGCACAAACUCUCAGUUGUUCGUGAUCAGAUAUCUCACUGCACAGUGAAGUUGAGGCAGACCACAGGACUGAUGGAAUACUGUCUGGAGGUCAUCAAAGAGAACGACCCCAGCGGCUUUCUGCAGAUCUCAGAUGCUCUAAUAAGAAGGGUCCACAUGACAGAGAAUCAAUGGGGGAAGGGCUCUAUGACUCCUCGCAUGAGCAGUGACUUUGACCUGACACUGGACAGUGGACCACUGCUGCAGACCAUACACCAGUUAGACUUUGUCCAGAUGAAGGUACCGGCUGCUCCUAUUCUUCAGUUAGAAGAGUGCUGUACUCAAACCAACAGUGCGACUCUGUCAUGGAAGCAGCCACCCCUCUCCACCAUCACUGUGGAUGGAUACAUUUUAGAAUUGGAUGAUGGGAAUGGAGGCCAGUUUAGAGAAGUAUAUGUUGGUACAGAGAUGAUCUGCACAGUGGACGGUCUGCACUUCCACAGCACUUAUAUGUCUCGUGUUAAAGCGUUUAACUCCAGUGGAGUCGGCCAGUAUAGCAAAACACUUGUCAUGCAGACAUCCGAGAUUGCCUGGUUCACCUUUGACCCUGCAUCAGCCCACCCUGAUAUAAUUUUAUCCAACGACAACCUCACGGUGACAUGUAACAGCUACGACGACCGUGUCGUCAUGGGCAACACAGGAUUCUCUCGUGGUGUGCACUACUGGGAGAUGACAAUCGAUCGCUAUGACAACCACCCUGACCCUGCGUUUGGAAUUGCACGGGUUGAUGUGAUGAAGGACAUGAUGCUGGGGAAGGAUGAUAAAGCCUGGGCCAUGUAUGUGGACAACAACCGCUCCUGGUUCAUGCAUAACAACUCACACACCAACCGGCCCCCAGUGAGCAAGCCAAAGGCGACUGUGGCAUGGAACACAAAACUCCAUAAGAUUACGGAUGGAGGGAUAAGUAAAGGAGUGACUGUGGGUGUGCUGCUGGAUUUCUCUCGUGGGAUUCUGUUGUUUUUGAUUAAUGAUGAACAACAGGGACCCGUUGCCUUCAACACACUGGAGGGCAUGUACUACCCUGCCAUCAGCCUCAACCGCAACGUUCAGGUGACUCUUCAUUCUGGACUGCCUAUUCCAGAUUUUUAUACACCUGGAGAAUCUGAACCUGCAGGCUCAGUCUGCUGAACAUUCCUUAUACACAACUGACAUGCAUACAAACACACAUGUACAGAUGAGUGCACAUGGAUUCAGCUAUGAGUGCUUGGUGAGGGAAAAUGCUUCUGACAGUCAUUAAUGUGUUUUAACAGGGUUUAAGAGUGCUGAAAUGUAAAUGGACCUUAUACACCGGUCAGCGACAACAUUAAAACCACCUGCCAAAUAUUUCGUAGUUCCCCCUCGAGCCGCCUAAACAGCGCCAACCCACAUUUCUGAAUAGCAGUCUGAGAUACUAUUCUUCUGACCACAAUUGUACAGAGUUACUUUAGACUUUGUCAGCUUUGAACCAGUCUGGAAAUUCUCUGUUGACCUCACUCAUCAAGGUGUUUCCGUCCACAGAACUGAUGCUCAUUGGAUGUUUGUUGUUUUUGGCACCAUUCUGAGUAAAUUCUAGAGACUGUUGUGUGUGAAAAUCCCAGGAGUUCAGCAGUUACAGAAAUACUCAAACCAGCCCAUCUGGCACCAACAGUCAUCCAUGUGAUUAUCUUAUCAGCCAAUCGUGUGGCAGCAGUGCAGUGCAUAAAAUCACGCAGAUACGGUUCAGGAGCUUCAGUUAAUCUUCACAUCAGACAUCAGAAUGGGGAAAAAUUUGAUCUCAGUGAUUUGGAACAUGGAAUAAUUGUUGAUGCCAGAUGGGCUGAUUUGAGUAUUUCUGUAACUGCUGAUCUCCAGGGUUUUUCAUGCACAACAGUCUCUAGAAUUUACCUAACCAAUAUUAGGCAGGUGGUUUUAAUGUUGUGGCUGAUCAGUGUAUAUGUGAGAGUUAGGGUCAGCCAAACCAUAACUUAACCCUAACAUUAACACUAACCCUGAUGUAUGUGAGGUAAAUGAAUAUUGCAAUACUUUUCCUCUCUUGCUUACUCUUUUUCUAGAUAUUAUUAUAUUUAUGAUUAUGAUUAUUAUUAUUGAUGUUGUUGUAGUUAUUUUAUGGAAAAGGUGCUCAUGGAUGUGAAUCCCCAUCAUACUGGAUCUUAACAGAUGUCUGUCUGUUGUUUCAUGAUAAAAUCUUCUGUGUGAAGUUAAGUUUAGAAAUAAGUUAUUGGUGUGUUAGACCUUAGAGGAUGCAUUUUUAAACUGUUCUAACAUUUUAUGUUGCAUAUAAAGGUAUUCUAAUGAUGUCUUUAUAACUGCAAGUCGAAGUGAGGGCAAAAGCUAGAGUCAAAUGUCUGAUUUCCAUCUUAUACGAGCUAUAAACUCUGACUGUAUAUUACACCUCAGUUAUUGUUAGAUUCUUCCUAAACUGUAAACCUAAAUCCUAUCCCUAUCCAGUGCCAUAUUAAGGUACCGUGGGCUCUGAUGCUCACCACUCCGAAGGGCCCCUAGCAGUCCUCCAGGGGAUAAUGCACAUCUCUGUGUUUAUAUCACCGUCUCCCCCUGAAUGUGUUUACAUGUGCUCCUCCCAUGAACGUCACCAGGGCAGAAUAGGGUGGCAGAUGCCCCGGGAGUUGGGGGCCCCGUUGCAGCCACGGGCCUCCAUAAUGUGGGCCUGUCCCUAUCUCCACAUUCUGUAUCUAACUACUGAAGCAUAGCCCUAAACUCAAGCCUUUUCCCUAAUCCCAAACCCUAUUUUGACAUUUUAACCAGAAAAAUUGACAGCUAAACCCAAGCUCUGUUAACUCAUACCCAAACCAGAUGCCGUAUUAAAGAAACAUUCUAUCUGUUACUUCCCUUUUCUUUAUUGCGUCCUACCCCUAGGUGAUGUAAUACUAUAUUAAGUGUUAAAUUAACUCUAAAGAAUUCUAUGUUUAUAACUGAAAUCAUCAUGGUUACAAAACAGACCAGAUAGGCCUGUCUCUGUAAUAUGGCCCUUGAUCUUCUCUUUUUUUAACUUUUAUUUUAUCCUCAUAAAUACGAUCUAAUCAGAACCCUAUUCCUAAACCCAAACACUUUCAUAUUUCACCUCAAUCAAUAUGAAAUCUCUCUAAUCCCUUCUGUGUACUACAGUGGAGGAAUAACACACAUAUAAAUGGGACAUUUUAGACAAUGCCAGCAUGAGGUGAAUGUGUUUCAGUGAUGCUAAUGGCUCUCUGUUUGUUAGGACACAGCACACACACGCGCGCACAAACACACACAUACACACACAGGCAUUUCCAAAGCCUUACAUAAUGUAUUAUGCAGAGAUGAGAAUUAAUUUGUUUCUUUCUCUGCCUUAUUCCUUCAUUGCUUCCUCAAAGCUGCACAAGCUAAAAACGCAAAUGCUGAACAAAGCACUGGUGCUGCUUAUGUUCAAUGUGAAAAACAAAUGCAUUAUUGAACAGUAUAGUUGUUAAUCCAAAAGAAAGAGAACAUUAAACAAGAAAGCAUACGGAGUAGCUGCUUGAAACAUUAGCUAUUAGUUUACCAUAAAAGAUGUACAUUUGCUUUAAUAGAUAUUUUAAAUGAUCCCACUGGUGGGGUUCAAAUAUUAGGGCAGGUGUAUUACUUUAUCUGUUUUUUGUUUGUUUGUUUUUGGGGCUCAGCAAACAACUGAAUGUUAGGGUUGCAUUGAGGGAAAAUUUCACCCAUUCUAAAUUAAUUGUAUUUUUUCAUAAAUGAAUCCCAAUAUAAGAAAUGUAUCAUUAUUAUUAAGUGUCUGAACUGUUGUUAUCUGUAAAGUUCCAUGCUCAAUAAACUG